UUUCGCCCUGGGGCUGCACCCGUUGCUUUCUCGUCGGGCAUCUAGUCACCUCUGCCUUCGCAGCCCGGCCCGCUACUCGCCCGCUGGAAGCGCGGUGGAGCUCAGCUUUGGGCCUCGGCCUAGCGGAGCCUCAGGCUCCGCCCCGCCCCGCCCCGCCCCGCCCUGGCUGGAGGGACAGGCCGCCGCUGGGUCAUGUCGUGCCCUCCUCAGCUAGGGCAGGAGAGCGUGCGAGGCAGCGGGCCUGCCAGAAAGCAAAAUGUCAUCAGUGGAAUCACAUCAGGAACAGUUGUCCCAGUCCGAUCCGUCCCCAUCACCAAAUUCAUGUAGUUCCUUUGAGCUAGUAGAUAUGGAUGUUGCCAGUUUGUAUGAACCAGUUUCUCCUCAUUGGUUUUAUUGUAAGAUAAUUGAUUCUAAGGAGACGUGGAUUCCUUUCAAUUCUGAAGAUUCACAGCAGCUGGAAGAGGCAUAUGGCUCUGGGAAAGAUUGUAAUGGGAGAAUUGUCCCCACUGAUGGAGGCAGAUAUGAUGUUCAUUUGGGGGAGAGGAUGCGGUAUGCUGUAUAUUGGGAUGAACUAGCUUCAGAAGUGAGACGAUGUACUUGGUUUUACAAGGGAGACAAAGAUAAUAAAUAUGUUCCCUAUUCAGAGAGCUUCAGCCAAAUAUUGGAGGAAACUUAUAUGCUUGCUGUAACUCUGGAUGAAUGGAAACAGAAACUGGAGUCUCCCAACAGAGAAAUUAUUAUACUACACAAUCCAAAGCUUAUGGUGCAUUACCAGCCAGUGGCAGGCUCUGAUGAUUGGGGUUCAACACCCACUGAACAGGGUCGACCAAGAACAGUAAAGAGAGGAGUUGAAAACAUCUCUGUUGACAUUCACUGUGGGGAACCUUUACAAAUAGAUCACUUGGUUUUUGUAGUGCAUGGGAUUGGACCAGCUUGUGAUCUCCGUUUUCGAAGCAUUGUACAGUGUGUUAAUGAUUUUCGCAGUGUUUCCUUGAACAUGCUCCAGGCACACUUUAAGAAAGCUCAAGAAAAUCAACAGAUUGGAAGGGUAGAAUUUCUUCCAGUCAACUGGCAUAGUCCUUUGCAUUCUACUGGUGUGGAUGUAGAUCUGCAGCGAAUAACCCUGCCCAGCAUUAACCGCCUAAGGCACUUCACCAAUGACACAAUUUUGGAUGUCUUCUUCUACAAUAGCCCCACCUACUGUCAGACUAUUGUGGACACAGUUGCUUCUGAAAUGAACAGAAUAUAUACACUUUUUCUGCAGAGGAACCCCGAUUUUAAAGGGGGUGUAUCUAUUGCUGGUCAUAGUUUAGGUUCACUUAUAUUGUUUGAUAUCCUGACAAAUCAGAAAGAUUCUUUGUGGGAUAUUGACAAUGAAAAGGAUUCACCAAAUAUUGUUAUGGAUCACGGAGACAUAACUACACUAGAAGAAGAUCUGAAGAAACUUCAACUCUCUGAAUUCUUUAGUAUCUUUGAGAAGGAGAAAGUAGAUAAGGAAGCACUGGUAAAAAUUUUAUGUUCAGACAAAGAUCUUCAGGAAAUGGGAAUUCCCUUAGGACCAAGAAAGAAGAUAUUAAACUACUUUAGGACCAGAAAAAAUUCAAUGGGUAUUAAUAGACCAACCCCACAGUCAGCUUCAGGGACAAAUGGGUCUAACAUCCCCAAGGAAUUGGACUUCUGCAGUGGUGCUGGUGAUACUGGAAAUGAGUAUUUGGACGUUGGCAUUGGGCAGGUGUCAGUAAAAUAUCCCCGGCUCAUCUAUAAACCAGAAAUAUUCUUUGCUUUUGGAUCUCCAAUUGGAAUGUUCCUUACUGUCCGAGGACUAAAAAGAAUAGAUCCCAACUACAAAUUUCCAACAUGCAAAGGUUUCUUCAACAUUUACCAUCCAUUUGACCCUGUGGCCUAUAGGAUUGAACCAAUGAUUGUUCCAGAAGUGGAGUUUGAGCCAAUGCUGAUCCCACAUCAUAAAGGCAGGAAGCGAAUGCACUUAGAACUGAGAGAGGGCUUGACUAGAAUGAGCAUGGACCUUAAGAACAACUUGCUAGGUUCACUACGGAUGGCCUGGAAGUCUUUUACCAGACCACAAACCCCUGCAUUACAAGCUUCAGAAACUACAGAAGAAAUUGAAAUAGAAUCUGAAUCAAGUUCAGAGAAGCCUGGCGAUGUUAACACAGAAGAGCCCUCUGUGGCAGUUAAAGAAGACCCGCCCAUUAAUGUGGGAAUGCUGAAUGGAGGCCAGCGUAUUGACUACGUGCUACAGGAGAAGCCCAUUGAAAGUUUUAAUGAGUAUUUAUUUGCUCUACAAAGCCAUCUGUGCUACUGGGAGUCUGAAGAUACAGUAUUGCUGGUCCUCAAAGAAAUCUACCAAACCCAGGGCAUCUUCCUUGAUCAGCCUUUACAGUAAAAUGAAUCACCAAUAGCUGCUUAAUAUGGACAUUGAGGGACCUUUCCCCACAAAACUCACCUGUUUGUUGCUGCAGUUUUCCUUAGCUACAUCAUUUCCUGCAUGUUGCCUGCCACUUACUCACCUUUGGGGUACUUGGAAGAUGAUCUUCUUUUGGAAGUGAGUGGAAAAACAAAGGGAAGAUGCUACUACUAUUUACCACGGACAACAUAAAUACUUAAAAGCUGGGAGUGGUUUGCACCUUUAAUUCUUUGAUGAUAGUAAACGGGUACCAAAUUCUAUUUAUUACUUGAGAUGAUAUAAAAUGUUUUAAGUUUGAAUUGGGUGGGGUAGAAAUUUGUCUAGAAAAUUACUGCAUUUCUUUAGAAAAUGUUCUUGUUUGGAAGUAGUUGAGGUUCAGAAGACAUUUCAGAGCUGCACUUCUCUCAUUGAUGUUCUCUGCAUUUGAAUGCUAAGGCUAAUUGGAUAGGGAAAGACUUGGACAAAUUUUUGAGCCAGCUUUGCUUUCUUACAAGUACUGUAUGAAGAAAGACUAAAAUGUAGCAUCAAGAGUAUUGUUUAGUCUCUCUACAGCUGACUGACAGAUUUACUUCUAGAAAUCACUAUGCCGAUCAUUUUUUUAAUAGCUACUUGAGUCUAAAGUGGGCAGUUAGUUCAUAUUAAGUGCUUUUUUAUAAAGCAAAAAUAGUAUAUAUCCCAGAUCUGCCCUUUUGUAUCAUAAUUAAAAUUGGGAGUUGGGAGAUUCUUCUAUUCUUGAGGGUGGAGUUAUAAAAACUGACAGACCUGAAAUUACACAGCCUUAACCAGACUGCUUAGGUUAUGAAGUUCAUAGUGAAAUAGUUUGCUUAAGUUGUCUGUGACAUCCACUUGGGUGAAGGUGGUUUUGUGUUAUCUGCUUUAAAAGCAUUUUGUAAACAUUGUCUUCUUAGGUGUCCAGAGUCCUUAUUGAAAAGGCUCAUGGCACGGGCAAGUGUUUAGUGAACAGGUAGGUUUGGCUAGGAGAAAAUAUUUCUUAUUCUGAAAGAAAAACAUAUACCUAUAAGGCCCACAGAACAGAUACUACAGAGUUGUUCUCAAAACAUGCAAAGUGAGAUGAACCUUGAGGAAGGCAAGUGAAUGAAUGUACACUAAUUUUUUUAAGGCAUUAUGUGCGAUGAGUAUUUUCUUUCUAAUUGGUCAUUUCACUUCUCAGUUCCACAGGGCCUUGUUUAUAAAGUGGCAUAGGCAGGCAAGCUGUGCACAGCACUGGUCUUAACCCCUUUCUGAAGAGAAAAGCAAAGGUUUAUUACUGUCACCCUAAAGAUGGACGGAGGUACAGUUGUUUCCUUUACCGCCCAUCUGCAUUAUGAACUAAUUCUGAUUAAGCCACUAAGAAGUUUCAGACACAUGGGCCAUUUUAUUAACUAAAUUCUGAGUUUGAAGUAUGGGUUAUUAAGUAGCAUCUUCAAUUUCAAAUUUAUUCUUCAUGUUAGCAGAAAAACCAAAGGACAUGCAAGAACCAGUUCCUAAAACCAAAGAUGAACAACAUAACCCUGGAGAGCUAGAUAAACCACAUCUUUGUAGUAAGAACAAAUGCUCUUUCCUGUUGGGGAGGGGCCGAUACCUAAAAGAAUUUUAUAUCCUGCCUGUUUGCUUGUGGUAUUAUCAUGGUUGUAUAUUACAGAAGUAAUAAGCUUGAUUUAAACCCUGUUUGGUUGUGCAUUAUUUGCACUACUUCAUUGUAGCAUGUGCAAUCUCUUGACCAAGCCUAUUUUUAAACUCUGGUGAAGCAUCGUUUUAUACAUAGCCCAGCUACACAAUUUGGUCUUGCUUAUCUCAUCUCAGCAAAAGAGAUUGUUUGCAUGGGAAGAGUAAUAGCACUGAUUAGCUUUCUAACAUUUUGCACUUUUUCGAAAUGUUUUUUAUGUGAUUAUAUUUAAAACUUUAGUAAAUACUUAAAUAAAAUCUUAUUGACCAGUUGCCUAUUUUUACCUGACUUCAGCUACCAAAGACAAUUCAUAUAAUAACUGUUCUUUAACAUUUACAUUCCUUGAAUGUUUUCAUUAUCAUAGCAAAUGUAGGUUAUAAUUUAAAGCAUGGCAAUUAGAAGGUAAAUACUGAGACUAUCCUUUGGUUUUAUUAAGUGUUUUACUUACGUUCCAGUUCACAAAUGAUACUGUAAAUACAAAAUAAAACGCACAUCUAGCACA